AUGAAUGAUCAAAACAAAAACCUGAAUAAAACAACGGCUGGGACGAAUUCGAACAAAAAUAAUAACAACAACAGCAAAGCAGCAGAAACACAGCAGCAGCCACAAACCAAGUCUAACAAAAAUAAGAAAAACAAUAACAACAACAAUAAUAAUAGUUUAAAAUUGGCCGCAGCUACUGCAGUAGCUGCAACAAUCGCCACCAUUGCUACUAACAACAACAAUAGUCAACAACAAACGCCUGCCGCCGCUGUUGGUAAAAAGUCCUCACGUCAGGGCAAUGCUACCAACAACAAUACAGCAGCAGGUCGUCAAAAUUCCUCCUCCUCCGCAACAACAACAACAACAGUUGUUUCCUCCGCCACUGAUACAAUAACACCUGCCGCAGCAACAACAACGACAACUAACGAUUUGUUGUUGGACAACAGCGGUGUUGGUGGUGUGGCAUCAACUGCUGCCGCUGCUGCUAGAUUGAAAAAUACUAACAACAACAAUAACACCAACUCAAAAAUCAAAUUAAAAGUUAACAACAACACUAAUAACACCAAUUCCAACACAUCAACAUCCGCCGCGUCAUCAGCUUCUUCGACAGCCAAUGUGGCGUCGUCAUCAUCAGCAGUAGCAUCCAACCCCGCCGCAGUCAGCAACACUGCCCCUGGCAAUAAAAUGUCAAAAACAGCAAAUUCCAAUCCAACAAAUGCUGCCGCAUCCUCCAACUCCUCUGCAGCAUCAGCAACACCAUCUGCAUCAACAGCAACAACAACAUCAGCGGAUGUUGAUUUGGGAGCCUUAAAUACAGUACCACCCUCACCAGCCACAUCAACGGCUACUGGUACUGUGCCCACAAUUACCUCAAGCAAAUCAGCAUCGGCGUCGGCGUCGGCAUCUGCAUCCAACAACCCCACUUCUUCAACGCGUUCGAAGAAAUCCUCCUCAGCAGCUGCGGCAGCAGCCGCCUUAGCCAUACAGCAACAGGCUGUAACAACCGGUAAAUCAGCGUUAUCAUCUGCCUCAUCAUCGGCGAAAGCCGGUGGCUCAUCGAAAGAUGCCCAUUUAAAAUUUACCUCGGCGUUACCGCUACUGGUUGGUUCAGCGGCAGCCGCUGCUGCAGCCGCCAAAGGAGCUGGUGCCUCCUCCAGUGCAGGUGCCCAAGCGGCCGCCGUCGCUGCCGCAGCAGCACUAAAACAAAAACUCAAAAGUGCCGCUGUCGCAUCAUCGGUUGCUGCCAACAACUCCCGCUCAAAUUCCACAUCAACAUCGUCGAAUUCAUCGUCGCUGUCAUCGUCGGUGGGCAUUGUAAAUGCCAUAUCGAAUGCAUUGCAGAAUAUCAUUACCAGCGAUAAUUCCGAUACCGAUACGGAAUUGUAUCCACCGCCAGUUACGGAUCUAUCAGAAUCGGAUGAGGAAUCUGUAUCAGAGAUCCUUUUGGCAUGCUUGUGUCUAAGGCCAGAUUUAUUGGAUGAUAUUCCCGAAUCCGAUCCCGAUUCCUGUGGCCAUGAUGCCGAAGGUCACGAUGAGGAAGAUGAUGGUGAUGACGAGGAUGAAGAUGAGGAAGACGACGAGGACGAAGAGGAUGAUGAAGAUGAAAAUGAGGACGAUGAUGAAGAUGACGAAGACGACGAUGAGGAUGAAGAGGAGGAAAUCGACGACGAAGAUGAGGAUGAAGAAAUUCAAGAUCCCAAUGAAGUCAGUGGUGAUUUCCUGCUUGACACAACAAUCGAUCGUAAUCGUAAUUUAAAUGCCCUCUUUGAAGCUGCCGCAAAUGACAAAGCUCCCGUUUUACGACAUGCCACCCAUGCAAUCGAUGAAACCAAACAGGCUUUAACAAAAAUGCGAGGGGCUAGUAGUGAUAAGACGAUGUUCUCCCGUACAUUAAUUGCCGCUUGCAACGAUAACGAUGUCAAUACUGUGCGCAGUUUACUUGGCAAGGGUAAUGUCAAUAUUAACGAAUCAACCGAUGAUGGUGAAUCCUUGCUUUCGAUGGCCUGCUCAGCUGGUUACUAUGAAUUGGCACAGGUUCUUUUGGCCAUGUCUGCAGCACAAGUCGAAGACAAGGGCCAGAAAGAUUGUACUCCUUUAAUGGAGGCUGCCUCUGCUGGUCAUUUGGAGAUUGUUAAACUAUUGUUAAGUCACAAUGCAGAUGUCAAUGCUCAUUGUGCCACUGGCAAUACCCCGCUUAUGUUUGCCUGCGCUGGUGGUCAUGUUGAAGUUGUCAAAGAACUGCUAAAGCAUGGUGCCAAUGUUGAAGAACAAAACGAGAAUGGUCAUACGCCAUUAAUGGAGGCAGCUUCAGCUGGACAUGUGGAAGUAGCUAAGGUUUUAUUGGAACAUGGUGCCGGUAUUAAUACCCAUUCAAAUGAAUUCAAAGAGAGUGCCCUGACACUGGCCUGCUACAAAGGCCACCUGAAUAUGGUACGCUUUUUGCUGCAAGCCGGCGCCGAUCAAGAACACAAAACCGAUGAAAUGCACACUGCCUUAAUGGAAGCCUCUAUGGAUGGCCACGUUGAGGUGGCACGCCUGCUUUUAGAUUCCGGAGCUCAAGUUAACAUGCCAACCGACUCAUUCGAAUCACCUCUCACCUUGGCAGCUUGUGGUGGCCAUGUCGAAUUGGCCACUUUGCUAAUUGAACGCGGAGCCAACAUUGAAGAGGUCAAUGACGAAGGUUAUACACCUCUGAUGGAAGCUGCCCGAGAAGGUCACGAGGAAAUGGUUGCCCUAUUGCUGAGUAAGGGUGCAAAUAUCAAUGCUACCACUGAGGAAACCCAAGAGACUGCCUUAACAUUGGCCUGUUGCGGUGGUUUCAGUGAAGUGGCCGAAUAUUUGAUUAAACAUGGAGCCAAUCUGGAGCUGGGUGCAUCGACACCUCUAAUGGAAGCAGCUCAAGAGGGGCACACUGAUUUGGUACGUUUCCUGUUGGAAAAUAAGGCCAAUGUCCACGCUGAGACACAGACUGGAGACACUGCUUUGACACAUGCCUGUGAAAAUGGUCACACCGAUGCUGCUGAAGUUUUGCUAAGCUAUGGCGCUGAGUUGGAGCAUGAGUCCGAAGGUGGCCGCACCCCACUUAUGAAAGCCUGUCGUGCCGGACAUUUGUGUACCGUGAAAUUUCUCAUUUCCAAGGGAGCCGAUGUUAAUAAACAGACCAGCAGUAACGAUCACACCCCUUUGUCGUUGGCAUGUGCCGGUGGCCAUCAGGCUGUGGUCGAGUAUCUACUGAAAAGUGGCGCUGAUCCCUUCCACAAAUUGAAAGAUAACAGUACCAUGUUAAUAGAGGCAGCCAAAGGUGGACAUACUCGUGUUGUGGAACUGCUCUUUAAAUAUCCGCACUUCAUACAAAAUCACCAGAAUGAUUUGCAAUCGGCAGCCGCCGCUGCAGCAGCGGCCAAUGCUGCUGCAGCCGUGGGUAUAAAUAACACCACCACAAAUGCAGCUGCCGCAAAUCAAUUGCAUCUUAUCAAUUUGCAACAACAAAAGCAGCUACACCAGCAACAUAAACAAUUGCAACAACAACUGCAGCUGCAGCUACAGCAGCUGAGUGCACCACCCAGCAUACACGAUGUAUCGGAGGCUGUACGGACAUCUAAUCCCAUAUUCCAUCAGCAGGCCUAUAACAGUGAUGCCGGUCAAGCCGCCAGUGGAUCAGUUGAAUCAACAUCUGUUGCGGCAACAUCUACAACUGGCGGAGGAGCAGGAGUAACAUCCAGUCAAGAUGUUGUGAAUCAAGUGGCGUCUUGUAAUGAAGAGUAUGCAGCCAUUGAUAUCAAUUCGUUGAGUGCCCAACAGCAAGAGGCACUUAUAGCGAAAUCGCGACUCUUUCAUUUGCAAGCUGGUUUUGGUAAUGUAGGCAGUAGCACCACCGGCACCAGGGGUGGUGGUAAGGUGGCAAGAGCAAUUCCACUUACCGAUGCACAAAAGCAGCAGCAUAUAUUGCAACAGCGUAAACAGUACGAAUUGGAAAUGUCACAUAUAAUGCCUUUAACGCCCCCACAAAAGCAACCGCCGGCUCCACCUGUACUUCAACAACAGCAGCAGCAACAACAACAAUCAUCGCAGUCAGCAACUGUUCAACAACAGCAACAAAACAACAAUCAUUCUUCCGGUCAACAGCAAACUACACAGCAGCAGCCGCAACAGCAAACUAAGCUAAAAGGAAAUCAACGUAAGAAUCGUCUACAACCACCCCAACCAUUUGAAGUAAAUCUACCAACAGCCAACAACAACACUGCCGCUAAUACUAACACCACAACCACCACCACCACAUCUACUACCACUAACAACUGUGAACAGCAGCAUCAACAACAGCAACAAAUGCAAGAUGUUGAACGUUCCCAACCGCUGGGUGAUGAUGGCUUGGGUAACAAGUCUCAGCAGCAACAAUUGCAGCCAACAUCCCAGCAGCAACAACAACGACAACCACCCAUUUUGCAAUUUCCCUGUUUCAGUGAUGAUGCUCGCUUUAUUAGACGUCGUGUCCUAAGACAGGAUCUUAAUAAGAUGUCUAAUGACCAGAAAAAUCUAGCAGCUACUUUGUUGCCGGCUACAUAUUUGGAAAUGACUGGUUCUGGUGUUAAUGCUGCUGGUCAAAAUGUGGGUGAUGGCGCCGAUGAAAUGGCUUUGAAUCAAAAUUUAUUGGCAGUUGCUCCCGGUACAUUGGGCGAUGGUUCGGAAAUGCAACCGGUCAUCAUAGCAAGUCCAGAACCAUUGAAUUUUGCACCCAAUCAAGCUUUAAUGAUGCAGGAACUGUUCGAUCCCAAUAAUCCUCAAACACCCUUGACAUUGGCCACAACAUUGCCACAGGGAACACAAUUUGUUUUGGGACCAGCACCCACGCCUCAGCAACAGCAAGCUCAACAACAACAGCAGCAGCGUAUUGUGGCCGGUGGUAAGGCAACACAAAAAACUGGUGGUAUUACCACACCAUCUGAAGUAUCGCAAAGCACAGCUAUUAGUGACCGACCCAAGGCAAAGCCAGUGUCGAAAAAGGAUGGUAAAAUGUUGCGUAAAACCUGUACACAAUCCACAGUGGUGCCCAGCAGCAGCAGUUCGGUUGCAGCAACUUCAGCCACAAGUACAGCCAUACAGCAGGCUCAACAACAGCAGCCAUUAUUUAGACAAAAUCAAAUGGUAUCCAUCUACAAUAACUUGCCCAUGUUAAUUACGAACGAAUCGACUCCAAGCAUACAAACCCAGCAUGCCAUCAUGAAUCAUAUGGUGUUUGCUGCUCAACAACAUCAGCAGCAGCAACAAUCACAAAUAUCUUUGGAUGUUUCCCAGCAAGGUGUUAUUGCUUUAAGUAAUUCACCAGCAUCACCUUUAGCUUCUCCUUCAUCUGGUUCGGUGGCCUUGUACAAUCCUCAGCAGCAACAGUUGCAACAAUUAAUGGAACUUCAAUCAGCGGAACAGGCUCAACAAAAUCAAGUUCUGCAACAGCAACAACAGCAGCAGCAACCUGAUAAUGAGCAAACCGCUCAAGAAAUUCAAGAUGCUCUUGAUGCGGCUUUAUCUGACUCGAAGUUGGCCGUCACCGAAUCUUUGAAUGCCUUUAAUAAAGCCAAUGCCGCAGCUGCUGCAGCAGCCGUCGCCAAGGCAUGUGGCCUCAAUCAGGCUGAACAGCAGGAAUGUUUGAAGAAGCUGCAGGAAGGUUGGCAAAUUGUUGACCUACGCCAGCGUAUAUUCCAACAUAAACAACCAAAAUCACCAACUGAAACACCACCAGAUAAACAGCAACAACAACAACAAAUUAUGGAAAUUGGUGCUGGCGGCGGUAGUAUGGAAUCGGGCGCUAAUGCUUUGGAAGCGCAUGAAAUGACAGAUACCAGUAAUGAAAUGAAAAAUUUGGCAACUCUUUGCACGGCUGCCGCCCAAGCAGCUGCUGUGAAUGUUGAUCAGCAGCAACAUGAUGUCGUUGCGAAAGAGGAAUCCUCCAACACUGCUACCAGCGGUGGUCAGACCCAAAGCAAGAAACAAAGGAAAUUAUCAAAGAAAGAAAAGUUGGCUCAACAACAACAGGAAGCGGCGGCCGCAGCUGCUGCAGCCGCUGCAGCAUCAACUGCAAAUGAACAACAGCAGCAGUCUGAUCGUCGCAGUUCAUUUGAUGAUCAUUCCUUAGCCUCUGAAGAAUGUCUGCCCGAGGACGAGACAAACUCUGAUGUCGAACAACAACAACAUUUGACUGAAGAUAUGAAAGUUGCAGCCACCCUACAAGACUACAACAACAAAUCACCCUCCAAAUUCAUCAAACCAAUUUCUCAACGUUUGGAAAAUCUCAUCCUAUCGAAUGCCACUCUGAAGCCAGGUGAUUUAUCACAAGCCUUUACUGAUUUGCGUCAAGAAAUUGGUGCAGCAGGUACAACAGGAGGAGCAUCCGGCGGCGGCAAUGAUGUUCUUACCGUAUUCCCACAAAAUAUGAAUUUGAAAUUUUCCGGCAAUACAGCCUUGAGUAAUGCCUUGCAACAACAUUUGGCUGCUGUCAAACAGCAAAUAGGCGAUGUUACAACUGUAGCACAGGAUGAAACUACUAGUGGUGGCGGAGAUAUUUUGCAGCAAGUAAAUGAGGCCGGUGGCGGCGAUAUGGAGGCUGGAAAUUCCGGCCAAAGUGGUGGUGAAUUGGUUUACACAUCUGCCAUGGAUGCUGAAACGUUGGAACAAUUUGCCAAUUCUGCAGCCAACAUGAGUGUUUCAAAUGGCCAGGGUCACCAAAAUCAUCAAGUUGUUGGUGGCGGUGGUAAUGACGAUCAGCAAGUCGAGGAGGGUAUGCGUGAUGAAAUGUAUGACAUUGAAGUGGAAAUGGAUGAAUUCUUCCAUGUCAUACACAAUGUUCACGAUCCAGCAUUACAGGAAUUUGCCAGCAACUUAAACUGUAGUGAACUAACCGACUUCGGCAUAAAUUCCAUAUGUAAGACUCGUUGGAAUGGCAAUUGGGCUCUGACACCCAAAUGGACUAGUCAAGAUCAUUUGAUAAGUGCAGCGGCCGCUGCCCAUCACCAACAACAACAGCAAGGUCUCUUAACCGCCGGCGAAGAAGAUGAACAACAACAGCAGCAACAACAACAUGAGCAGCAGAGACAAGCCAAUCAAUUGCUUUUGGAUUAUCAGCUACAGCAACAAUUGCAACAAAGAUUUGCCGAUGCCGAUGAAUUACAAAUGCAGCAACAUCAGCAAACCACUUUGUCUUUGAUACCAUUCUCACCUGAAGAUGCUGCAGCAGCUGCUGCCCAACAGCAGCAAUUGCAACCAACACUGCCUACAUCGACAACUUCACAAGAUGCUGUGGCUGAAUAUCAGCAGCUACAACAACAGCAUCAACAUUUGGGUCUGGAUCAUGAACUAAAACAACACAUACAGCAAUUGCAACAACAGCAAACCAAUGUACGUCUCCUAAAGGCUGUAGCUGCAGCUGCUGCCAAUCAACAGCAGCAACAACAACAACAGCAGCAGCAGCAAAAUGGUCAACAGCAAAACAUCACAAAUGCCAAUGCCAAUUUUGUGUUCAAUGUUGAUGGCAGUGCUGCCACAGCUGGUGGUGAUGCUGGUGGUGCGGUAAAUGUGGGUGACAAACCAUCACAAUCCCUGCAACUACUAUUCCAAUUGCCACCUGCUGUACAACAACAACUACAACAGCAACAGCACGACCAUCAAUUGGAAGACGAAGUGGCUGCCACAGCUCAACAGUUGCAGCACUUGAAACUGCACCAUCAAGAGUUACAGGAUCAAAAGAAACAACAGCAACAACAAUUGAAACUUUUACAACAGGAACAGCAGAUGUUGCAAGAUUUGUCGCAAGCCGAAAGUCUAAUGCAACAACAACAGGAGCAGCAACAACAGGAACAACAUUUGCACCAGCAACAAACCACAUUGGAGCAAAGCAAUUUGUUGUUACAACAACAAGCCGCAUUAGCCCAACAAGUUCAAGUUGCUACUCAAACACAACCAUCGGUUGUUGUUCCGCAUCCAAAUGCUGUUCAAUCGGCAAGGGGUGUCAAUCAAUUCUGUCCAACUUUAUCGACAAUGGCUGCCACUGUUGAUGUCGGUUUGGGUAGUCAAAUGGCGGUGGCUGCAGCAGCUGCUGCCGCGGCAGCAGUACAACAGCAACCACAAAUAACAGCUCCAAGCAAUUUGAGUUCAGCUUUUACCCAAGUUGUUGCAAAUGCCUCUGUACCACCACCGCAAGCAUCGACCAGUGCCGGAGGUAGCGGAGGUGGAAGUGGCGGCAGCAAAAUGCCCGGUGGCAUUGCGAAAAAAGUUAUCGACAAACAAUCUCGCAAGGAACGUAAUCGUUAUUCUUUGUUACGUACUGCAGCCGGAAGUCAAGCAAAUGCCGUUGCCCAACAACAAUAUCAGCAGACUGUAGCCGCUACUACAACACUGGACAAAACAAUUGAUGUUGAUUCCGAAACUGAUUCCAAUCAUGAUACCGCUCUCACAUUGGCCUGUGCUGGUGGUCACGAAGAACUAGUGGAGCUGUUGAUAAAUCGUGGUGCCAAUAUCGAACAUCGCGACAAAAAAGGAUUCACGCCACUCAUAUUGGCAGCAACUGCUGGCCACGAAAAGGUCGUUGACAUUUUGCUUAAACAUGGCGCUGACUUGGAAGCCCAAUCGGAACGCACCAAGGACACACCGUUGUCCCUAGCUUGUUCCGGCGGACGUUACGAGGUGGUCGAGUUACUACUUAGUGUUGGAGCCAACAAGGAACAUCGCAAUGUCUCUGACUAUACACCCCUGAGCUUGGCCGCCAGUGGAGGCUAUGUGAACAUCAUUAAGCUGCUGUUAAGCAAUGGAGCUGAAAUUAAUUCACGUACCGGUAGCAAACUGGGUAUUUCGCCAUUAAUGUUGGCCGCCAUGAAUGGCCACACAGCAGCUGUAAAACUUCUAUUAGAUCAGGGUUCUGAUAUCAAUGCCCAGAUAGAGACUAAUCGUAACACGGCUCUUACACUGGCCUGCUUCCAGGGAAGACAUGAAGUGGUCAGCCUACUUUUGGAUCGCAAAGCUAAUGUGGAACACAGAGCCAAGACCGGCCUUACACCUCUAAUGGAAGCUGCCUCUGGUGGUUACAUAGAAGUGGGCCGCGUAUUGCUAGAUAAAGGAGCCGACGUCAAUGCCGCCCCUGUACCCACCUCUAGGGAUACUGCCUUAACCAUUGCCGCUGACAAGGGACAUUUGAAGUUUGUGGAGCUGUUGCUUUCACGUGGUGCUGCCGUCGAGGUUAAGAACAAGAAGGGCAAUUCACCCUUGUGGUUGGCAGCCCAUGGUGGCCACCUGAGCGUUGUGGAGAUAUUGUAUGCCCACAGUGCCGAUAUAGAUUCUCAGGAUAAUCGUCGUGUUUCUUGCCUGAUGGCUGCUUUCCGCAAAGGUCACACCAAAGUGGUCAAGUGGAUGGUCCAAUAUGUCACACAAUUCCCCUCGGAUCAGGAAAUGAAUCGCUUCAUUUCGACAAUAAGCGACAAAGAACUAUCCGAAAAGUGUUAUGACUGCAUGAAGAUUAUACGCGCUGCUAAAGAAGCUCAAGCCGUCAAGGCAAAUAAAAAUGCCUCCAUUCUCUUGGAAGAACUAGACAUGGAGCGUUCUCGCGAAGAAAGUCGAAGGGCUGCGGCUGCACGCAGACGUGAACGUAAAAAGAAGAAGAAGAUGGAGAAAAAGGAAGAGAAACGUCGUCAAAUGGAGGAGGCAACCGGUUCCAGCGGUGGUCAACGUAAACAACGUCAACAAAGUCAGGAAGACGAUGAAGACAAAGACUCCGACAAGGAAGAAGAUUCCGACAAUGAAGAAAAUAACGCUGCCGACGAAGACGAUGAACAGCAAAAUGCCCCCAAUUACCGAGAGGAAGGUGAUUCCGGCAUUGACCAAGGAUCUUGCUCUAGUACCGAUAUCAAAGGUGCCGCAGGCAAUAACCAAAGUACUGAAAAAUCUGCCACAGGUGGCAAAAAUAAGAAUAAAAAGAAAAAUAAGCAGCAGCAGGCUAACCAAAAUACCAGAAAUAGCAGUCCGGUAAUUGAAGAACCUUCAUUAGCAGCACCAGCAACGGCCUCAGUUCCUUCGUCCACUAACAACAAGUCGCAGCAAAAACAAAAGAAGGAGGACUCAAAAUCAUCAGCUGGCAAUAAAAAAUCACAAGAUUCCAAUGCCACCUUAGCCACCUCCAAGACACAAACAGCAAAUAGCGCCAACAAUAAGAAGGCCAACGCUGCAGCAGUGGACAGCAAAAAGGAAGAUGCUGCAGUUUCAAACACAGCUGCUGGUGGUGGUAAUCAGACCAAGAACAAGAAGGAAUCAAAUAAACAAAAAGAAAAAGAGAAUUUGGCCCCUAAGGAAUUACAAACAGCCGCAGGAACGGCUCAACAACAAUCUGGAACAAAUAACAAACUACAACAACAGCCACAAGUGCAGCAGCAACAACAUCAGCAGCAAUCAAAAACAACAGACAGUACAUCAGGAGGAAAUCGUAAAUCCUUGGCCGGAAAGAAUACCGAAGAUCGUAAAGAAAUCGCAGAUAAUGCGACAGCUGGAGUUCCAACUGCAACAAGUGCGGCUAAUAAAUCUCAUCCAAAUACUGCAUCGGUUCCCAAACGGGGAGAAGAUGGUUGGAAAGAGGUGGUAAGGAAAAGUUCUGCCCAACAGUCUGCUGCAGGAACCACUCCAUCAUCAGCAGUUACUUCAACGGUUGCUACUCCAUCUUCUGCCACAAACAACAACAGUACUACUACUAAUAGUUCGUCAAUAACAACAUCGGCUAAUUCAUCUUCGUCAUCGACCUCGUCGUCAUCAUCGUCGUCUACUUGCAUUACAGUGCCAGGUGUAUCAACAACAACCACAGUCACGUCCACAAUGCCCGAAAUGAUUUGCAAGAAGGUGCAAGUUCCAGUCAAUGCCAUUUCUCGUGUCAUUGGCCGUGCUGGCAGCAACAUUAAUGCCAUACGUGCCACUACCGGCGCUCACAUUGAAGUCGAAAAGCAAGGCAAAAAUCAAUCGGAACGCAGCAUCACCAUAAAAGGUCUAACCGAGGCCACAAAACAAGCUCACAUGUUGAUUUUGGCCUUGAUCAAGGAUCCUGAUGUGGAUAUUUUGCAGAUGUUGCCACGAAUCAAUACCACAAUUAAGGCAAAUGUGGUUCCACCACCAGUUACCUCUCCACCAGCAUCUUCAGCGUCGAUGUCCUCAUCGAUUGCUACAAUGCACGUGGGUACCUGGGACAACAAGACGGCAUUACAAGCGACAUCUAAUAAUGCCGCGAACAGUGCCCAAAAUAUGUCUUCGGGAUCGUCGACCGCUUCCUCGGUUUCUUCGACUACUGGCAGUCAACUAUCAAAUUCCAAGUCACUUGGCAAUGGUGCUGCUGGCAAAAACAAUGCUGCUAAACUUCAGGGUGGUAUUGUCGGGAACAGCGGUGGUCCUAAAUCGACAACAAAUCGUACUCAACCAGCCAAGCCUUUCUAUUCACAACAAAUCUCAACAACUCGAGGCCCUGGUGGCACUGGAGGCGGCGCUAUGGGAGGUUCACUUUCUACCAGUCAAGGCGGCGGCAAACACAAGGAUGUUAAUUCUAAGGUUCUGUCUUCAAAUUACCAGAACAGCCAAAAAUCGUUAUCUGCUCAGGCGGGUGGUGGCGGCAAAGGUUCAUCGACAGCAAUCAACAAUCAAACAUUUGCUGCCAAGCUUUUGACGGGAGCAUCAUCUGCGGUACCUGGGGUAAGCAAUAUGUCACCAACGAAAAAAUCCGAAUUGGGUGGCAUACAACGUCCUGGUAUAACAGCUCCAUAUGGCCGCGGGAAACCUGUACCUAGUUCCACCAUUCCAAACCUUGGAGGCGGCGGUGGACAUUCACAUAACAAUAAUAACAACAACAACAAUACCUUAGCUGGUCCCAUUGGUACAUUUAAUGUAGCUGAAGCUGCCGCCGCUGUGGCAGCUGCAAAUGCUGCAGCAGCAGCGGCCAACAACAACAACAACAGUGCUUCCUCUGCAGCAGGUAAUCAUGGUCGUUCCGUUACACCCAUCGGACCACCAAAUAAGCAAAGAGCUCCCACACCCACAGCCCAACAACAACAGCAGCAACAAAUGACUGGUGGUCAACAUCAACAAACCUCGUCGUCGUCCUCGCAUUCUCACAUUGGAAACUCUGCUGCAAUGGCCAAUCAGUCAUCGUCACAGAAUUUACACAUCAACACCGGACCAUUGGGCGUGGAUGUGCCCACCUCCUCAGUCUCAACCUCAAUGGCUUCAUCUGGCAGCUUUGCCACACAACUGGCCUCGAAAAUUAGCAGUGAAUAUUCCCUGUUCAACGACUAUCAUCAAACACAAUGGGGAACUACCACAGCAACAUCGGAUGCUUCACAAGUCUACACCAAUGCCAAUCAAUUGGUCAAUGACAAUUUGCCUCAGGCCGACGCUUCUAAAGCUCCCGGAUACAAUCGUAACAUCCUAAGUUCCCCCGUGGGUAGUUCAAAGGCCUCAUCUAGCCUCUCCACCACACCACCAGGAACCACUAAUUUGAAUAUGGUGGUUGGCAGCCAGCAGCAGCAGACAUUGACUAUAUUGCCCGAAACUGGAGUGCCGCCUAUUGGGGUACAAACAGCUCGAUCACCAGGAGCUAUACCCAUAGCCAAUGAAAUUUCUCCAUCUGUUUCUGCCAAUGUGGCCAAUCAACAAUCGCCAGCUGCGCCAUCUGAUGCCAGUGCUAUUUCACCAGGAGUUAUCAAACCGCCCUCCUCCGCCAACGCUAAUCAACAACAGCAACAACAACAUCAGCAACAAACAAAUCCAACCACAGGAAAUACUCAACCAGGAGGACCUCCUUCCAGCGGUCUGGCAAUACAGAGACCAAAUACCAGCGGACAGCAUCGUCAAGGUAGCAGUGGAACUGCCCAGCAAUCACCACCUUCAAAUGUCACAAGUGUAGGUGACAACACUAUCGGAAAUCAUCAUAAUUUCGGACCCAUUGGAUCGAACACAUCUACCAGAACUACCAACGCCCCAGGGGCUAUCGGUGAACAGCCACGUUUCUACGAUCCAACAGGCCAAUUAAACGUAUCUGCUCCAAUGGGCUACCCCAUGGACCCUUCCGUCUUGCAGCAAGCGUUCAACGCCAAUAAUGCAAGAAUGAAUGUACGUGGCUCCGUAUUUGGUGGUGGUGGUGGACAGCAACAGGGAGCUGGAAAUAAACAACAGCCCCCACAAGGUCCACAGGCCAUGGGUGCUGCUGGUAUGUACCAUCCACAAUCUCAAUCGAAUCAAGGACAACAACAAAACCCAUCUGCACAACAACCAACCGGCCCGGGAAAUGGCUUCAAUGCCGCACCCGGUAAACCACCCCAUAAUCACAAUCCGAAUCUAGCACCUCAAAGACCCCAGUCUCAACCACAAGCUGGCCAAACACAAAAUCAACGUUGGUAUGCCGACUAUGCUGCUCCGGGUGGUUAUGUACCGCCGUCUACCAGAGAACUAUUGAACUUGGAAAAUGGUUCAACCGGACCCGGUUCAAAUUCUCCGGCAGCCAUGUCGCCAAACCAGGGCGGCGGUGGUGCUGGUACCAAUGCUAAUGUCAUCAAUCCACCCAUGUUAUUGCAAACACCACAACAACAAAUGCAAACCCAACAACAGCAGUCCACAGAGGAUAUGCGUAAAAUGCCCAGACCCAUCGGCACUGAACGAGCCUCAUGGAAAUACAAUAAUUAUCCAAAUAUGACCAAUAUGGGUAUAAGUAUUGGCGGUUUAGCCGGUCUCGGUGUCGACGAUAGUACUUUGGUCGCUAUGGCAGCUGCGGCUAGUGGCGGUGGUAUGCCUGGUGCUGGACCAGGUGCAGCAGCAAUGCAUACAGCUGCUGGUCCGCUACCACCAUGGCUAUUGGGAGCUGCUGCUGAGAAGCAGGCCGCUGCAGCUGCUGUACAACAACAACAGCAGCAACAGCAGGUGAAUUGGAUGAAACAACAGUAUCGUUAUUAUGGCGGAGCUGGUGGUGCAGCAGCACCACCAGCUGGUGCCGGAGCUGGUUCAAUGGCUGGGUUGGGGGGAGAAUAUCACCAUCAACAAGAUCAAUAUCAUAUGGCUUUGGACUAUCACAAUAGCAUGCAGCCAAUACCACCAUUAAAUCAAAAUCAGGCCAUGAAUGUUAUACCAACAUAUACAGCGUAUCAACCAUUUCUAAGCCAUGUCGGUGGUAAUGAUAUGUCCCAUAUGCCUGAUAAGAUCGAAUUGUGGGAUCACCAUGAGAAACAUGUAAGUAUUUUCAAUUGGACCAAUUGAUGAUGCAAACGUAAGAUUAGCCAGUGAAUGGAGACGUAC